GUUAUGCUCAGGGGUUCGACCACUGACUUCCUCAUCACCCUACAUGAGCUCGACCGAGUCAUUGACAACAAGUGAGCAGACCAACAAGACCAGGAGAACCUCGAGAAAGCCACCUCAUCAAGCUGGAAGACACGAACAAACUCAGCCACGCACCUUUCUCUAGGGACGCCUUCCAAUCCAGCUAACACAGUAACAACGUCAUGGUGCCGUUUUUGCUCGUCGUUUUUGAGAUAAGAGGCGUGGUAUGUGUCGCCAAGUCUCAGAAUUCUCACUAUCACGACCUCGAGACGUCGGACUUGGUCAACACUCCUCGUGGUCCUCUCGGCUUGUUACCCAACCUGUUUUUCAAUCCGCUGCAUCGAACACAUGCAGGUCAGCUUGACGGUGGCAGAGAAUUGCAAGCCCGGAUGUGGAUCCCCACCUCCUACAGGAUACCGAUCUAUCAUGCCAUCAAGCCUGCUCCGUUAUAUCCAUCUUUGAGACGCACAAACGAAGUGUCUAUGAUUGAGCAAUGUCUGUGGAUUUAUCAAAUCUCAACAUCGUUAGCUAAAAACACACCCGAACACGGAGCUCCCUCUAUUGGACAUACCAUCCAUCCGCCUGAAUCUUUGGCUGAAGGUCCCCACAAGAUUCUAGUCACUUAUCCAUGGAAGCCACCAACAGCAACUCAGACUCGCGAGGCUCCUUGGGUCAGUUACAUCCUCUCAUCACGCAGCACAUAUAUUCACUUUCAUGUAAGCGACUUCCGCAUCAGCCGUCUGUCCAGGUGUCUUAAAGAGUCAACAGGACUCGAUGCUACGCAAGAUACAAUAAGGUGGUCCUCGUACGACCAAAUACCCACUAUCGUCUUGAUAGACAGGACUCCGACUACUUUGCCAUUGCCUGUCCACUCACAACUGCCGACCCGAGGAGUUCACGUCACUCAUGGUUCCUUGGUCAAUGAAACUGGUGCUUAAUUAUCUCGGGAGCGAGACGCUGCUCAAUGGAAGAAUAAACGACCCGAACAAUAAACUGAGCGCGGGUACUGCAUGAAGAUUUGCGAAAAAGUUCCGCUUCACAUAGGACAUCAUGAUUGGCAACAAGGAGUGGAGAACUUGGGUAAGCAAUCGGAUCCUCAACAUCAUCCUGGCUGCACCAGAUGCG